CUUAAAGCAGAGGCUUCCCACCACUUUCUCAGGCACACCUAUCCAAAAUAAUUUGUUAACGAUAAUUCAAUAUGCUCUUUAAGUCUUCCGUCGCCGUGGCAGUUCUGUGCGGCUCUGCUGCUGUUUUUGCAGCACCUGUGGCUAAGGACGCCCUCGAGUUCACCGGCACCCAAUACAGCCACCUGUACAAGGAGGCGAAGGAUGCCGAAGUCGCAAAGCGUGACGCCCAACCUGAAGACGCCCUGGAGUUCGCCGGCGCUCAAUACAGUCACCUGUACAAGGAAGCAAAAGACGCCGAAGUCGCAAAGCGUGACGCCAAACCUGAAGACGCUCUCGAGUUCGUCGGCGCUCAAUACAGCCACCUGUACAAGGAAGCGAAGGACGCUGAAGUCGCAAAGCGUGAUGCCAACCCUAAGGACGCCCUCGAGUUCGCUGGCGCCCAAUACAGCCACCUGUACAAGGAAGCGAAGGAUGCCGAGGCCGCGAAGCGUGACGCCCAACCUGAAGACGCUCUUGAAUUCGCUGGCGCUUCAUACAGCCACCUGUACAAGGAGGCAAAGGACGCCGAAGCCGCGAAGCGUGACGCCAAGCCUGAGGAUGCUCUUGAGUUUGCCGGCGCUUCAUACAGUCACCUAUACAAGGAAGCCAAGGAUGCCGAAGCAGCCUGAAGUUUCAAGGGCAGUACCUAAGAAUGGGAAUAUCGGGAUGCGAAACUGGUAGAGAGUGGUCGGAGGGAUGGAGGACACGCAAAAGGCGGGACCGGUGUCGUAGGAGACUAAAUUGAAAAACAAGGACGAAGCUACGAAGCAAGAGAGAACAUCAAAAACAAAACACGCUCGUUGAACAAGC